GUCACUCCCGCCUCCAACUCCGGCACCAUGGAGCACGCGGGGUGGAUGUUGCGAGUAAUAGCCAUCAAUCCACCUUCCAGAUGAUUUUUGAUCCAGUCCCGCCAUGUCAAGUCCGGCAAAAAAGCGCAAGAGAGAUGAUCCGGGGUCUGCCUCGCAGCGCACCCGGACCAUAGCGUCAUUCUUCCAGGGCCAGGCGGGCAAGCAGGCCGAGAAGACGCAACAACUAACCCAGCCUGGAUCUGAAGUUCAUACCGAACAGACUCUGUCAGAUGAGGCGCUGGCUCGUAAGCUGCAGGCCGAAUGGGAUAAAGAAGAUGUGCUUCCAACCUCGCAGGCCGAUACGCCCAGCGAUGAGCCUUCGUUGCCACUAGUGAGUCCUGGCGACAACGAUCGGGAACCGACCACUGUGCAGAAGAAAGGCGUCCUCUCGCUACAGUCGUCUACAGGCACGGAGGAUACUGUCUCUCUUGCAGUCCCUUUCGAUCAGAGUCCUAUCACAUUCAAUGCCACCAAAUAUGCGCACGAGUUGCAGGGGCACUGGGCUUCGGAAGGUGGCGACGCCUCGUACGCCCUCCUUACUAGGGCAUUUUUGCUUGCCAACGCCACGACGAGUCGCAUCAAGAUUGUUGAUACGUUGGUCAACCUCCUCCGCGUGUUGAUUGAAGCCGACCCGUCCAGCGUGCUUCCCGCAGUAUGGCUGGCGACCAGCUCGAUAUCCCCUCCCUACGACGAAUCGGAGCUAGGCCUUGGUGGGUCCUCGAUAUCGAAGGCGCUUAAGAAGGUAUACGGAUUAAACAGUCAAGGCUUGAAAUCACUGUACGAUAAGCACGGUGAUGCCGGCGAUGUGGCGUUCGAGGCGAAAAAGAGACAGUCUUUCACCUUGAUGAAGCCGAGACCGCUCCGGAUAAAGGGGGUUUAUCAGUCACUGAAAAAGAUAGCUAUGAGUAAAGGAGGGGGAAGUCAGGAGACAAAGCAGAGGAUCGUCGAGAAACUGCUGCAAGAUGCUCGCGGGGCGGAAGAAAGUCGAUACAUUGUGAGAACUCUGGUACAAAAUCUCCGCAUCGGCGCUGUCAAAACCACGAUGCUCAUUGCGCUUGCAAGGGCAUUUCUGUACUCCAGAUCUGAAGGGGCGGGGUUUUCGAUUUACUCACAGGAGGAAAUGGCGCGGUUGAAAAAAGACGAGCUAGCUGAAAUCUAUACCCGUGCAGAGGAGAUUGUGAAGGCUUCCUAUGCCAGGCAUCCAAACUACGACGAUCUCGUUCCCUGUCUGCUAGAAAUCGGGGUCUCAGACGAACUUCUUGUCCGCUGUGGUCUGCAGUUGCAUAUUCCGUUAAGACCCAUGCUAGGCAGCAUCACGCGGGACCUGUCAGACAUGCUGACGAAGUUGCAAGGGCGCGAUUUCAGCUGUGAAUACAAGUAUGACGGUCAGCGCGCGCAGGUGCAUUGCGAUGUGCAAGGCAAAGUAUCGAUCUUCUCCCGUCACCUGGAGAAUAUGACCGAGAAAUACCCAGACCUCGUGUCUCUAGUCCCCCAGAUCAGGGGAGAAGGCGUGUCGAGCUUCAUCUUGGAAGGGGAGGUGGUCGCUGUGGAUCAAGAAAGUGGUGAACUGCAGGCCUUCCAAAUCCUGACCAACCGUGCGAAAAAGAACGUUGAUAUCGGGGCGAUCAAAGUCAGCGUCUGUCUCUUUGCAUUCGACCUGAUGUAUCUCAACGGACAGCCACUGCUAGACCGAUCAUUCCGCGAGCGGCGAGAGCUGCUCCGGAGCCUUUUCGUGGAGAUUCCCAGACGGUUUACGUGGGUGAAGAGCCUGGACGCCACGUCUGCCGACUCUGAGGCGGUGCUAGAGUUUUUCAAGGGUGCCACCGACACGAAAUGUGAAGGCAUCAUGGUCAAAGUGCUUGACAAUAUGCCCAAGCCGGAUAUUGAAGAUAACGGAACACCAACCAUUGAUACCGACGGGGUACCAGAUCCGCCGUCCAAGACAGACGAAAAGCCCGAGUCAAGGAAUUCCAAAGGCAGUCGCCGAAAGGCACUGCUCUCCACCUACGAGCCCGACAAACGGCUUGAUUCCUGGCUCAAGGUCAAGAAGGAUUAUAGCGCGUCAUCCGAGACCCUCGACCUGAUUCCCGUAGCCGGAUGGCACGGUCAAGGCCGCAAGGCCAAAUGGUGGUCGCCGAUCCUCCUCGCUGUUCGCAAUCCCGAGACAGGAAGUUUAGAAGCCGUAACGAAGUGCAUGUCCGGCUUCACUGAUAAGUUCUACCAAGCCAACAAGGACAAAUACGCCGAGGGGACGCCCAACAUCAUCUCCCGUCCUAGCUAUGUCGAAUACUACGGGGAGCCAGACGUGUGGUUCGAGCCGCAAGAAGUCUGGGAAAUGGCAUUUGCCGACAUCACACUUAGUCCCACGUACACGGCGGCCAUCGGCUUGGUGAGCGAUGAACGAGGGCUGAGUCUACGAUUUCCCCGGUUUCUCAAAGUCCGAGAGGACAAAUCGAUCGACGAGGCGACCACAUCUGAUUACCUGGCUUUGCUUUGGCGAAAGCAGUCCGAACGGACCAAGCAGGAAGCCGAGCAACCCGCUGACAUAGUGGAAGAAUAAACGUUGAUAAAAGUUGGAUAUAUUUAAAGCCAUUGGAAACAUAUUAUAUUAAAUACUCAUCUACACAACCCUUGAUGAAUCUA